GCGGCCUCCCGGAAGUGCGCGCUGGAGCCAGAAUGGCGCAGAAGUGGAGCGGCGGCUGCAGCUCAGGUGUCGUUUGAUGACAAAUUCACCGAAAAUCACCGGAAACCGGAGACCGGAGCGCGAGGUGGACGGGGAACCCGCGGAGGACACGCGCCGCCGUCGGGGACGCACACACGCGCACAGGUGAUGGCGGAGCGGCGAGGCGAGUGUUUGUGGAAGAAACACGUGGCGGAGCAACUCAAGCUUAGAGACCGAGAGCAGAGACAGGCCUUCGAGGAGAUCAUCCUGCAGUAUAACCGUCUCCUGGAGAAGGCGGACCUGCAGGCUGUCCUAUCGGAGCGUUACCAGGCCGACAAAUAUGACGUUCAGAGAGGCCACGAGUCCAGUGCGGCGGACUCGAGCCGCAGCGACGCUCUGCAGCAGGAGAUGGCUCAGAUGAGGAUCCGGCACCAGGAGGAGCUGACGGAGCUGCACAAGAAACGAGGCGAGGUGAGUGCUUGCCGGCGUGCCGCCAAGCCUGAGGCGGGGUUAGGGGGACGUACAGUGUUCGUCCUCAGCAGGCGUCGGAGCGCCAACUCUUUCAGCACUUCACCGGAGAGCAGCGAGGCCCCAUCAGGCGUCUGCGCUGAGGUCCGCGUGCCGACCACGGCGCUGCACGUCUUCGAAGCCCACGACGGCGAGGUGAAUGCUGUGAGGUUCAGCCCUGGCUCCCGUCUCCUAGCAACAGGAGGGAUGGACCGCAGGGUGAAGCUGUGGGAGGUGGUGGCAGGUCACUGCGAGCCCAAAGGAGCGCUGACCGGCAGCAACGCGGGAAUCACCAGCAUCGAGUUCGACAGUGCUGUGAGUGUCCACGCGGCGGAAGGAUGCGGCGGCGUUACUUCCGUGACCUCGGCUGACUCUGUGUGUUUGUUCAGUGCGCAGGGUUUCAAGUGUGGAGCUGAUUGGACCAGAGUGACCUUCAGCCCUGACGGGAGCUACGUGGCCGGCGGAUCAGCUGACGGCGCUCUGUACAUCUGGAAUGUGCUGACGGGGAAAGUGGACCGGACUCUAGACCGGAACCACAGCUCAGCCAUCAACUCGGUGUCCUGGUCGCCUUCAGGAGCCUACGUGGCAAGCGUGGAGAAAGGCAGUCGCGCCAUCUUGUGGUCAGACAUGUGACCGGGCCCGAGGAGGCGGAGUCAGGCUGUGGGCAGCCAACGGCGGCCCCUCUGCCAUCUUCAUCGUGGUGAAGAUGAAGAGGAUUCCCUUGACUGUGGAGGCGAGCUGCUGUGUUCUGUUUCUGCAGCUUUUCAUGUUCAGCAUCAUUUUAAUGACCGGGAGGAGGCGGAGCCACAUGCGGCGCCGCAGCUGCUGAUGUGAGGACGGCCAGUCAGGUGACACGUUGGAAACGCAGAGACAUUUCACUGUUGACACUUCCUCUCCUCACUGCACAGGACGCCUCAGGAAACAGGAAGUGCGUGCACCGACCAAUCAAAGAUUAAAGAAACUGUCGUGUGGUUUGUUCCUGCGCUCGGCAAUGCCUCAUUUCUACCUCGCCGCUUCGCUCGCGCCAGGUACUGCUGACUUCCUGUUGUUCGUUGUCCACUGCAGACAGAACCGCGUCCUCGCUGUGACAUCAUCAGCAGGACAGCGUGUCGUGUUCUGAACGCGGCGCCGGCCCGAGCCUCGACAGGUGGUCAGCACGAGCCUCAGUGGAAACAAGGAGGGGGCGGAGUGGAAAUGAGGCCGUUUGGACCGUGACGUGAACGCCAUCAGUGAUGUUUUUCCACAAACAGGAAGUGGACCUGUGACAGACCUGUGUGGGUUUGUGUUUGAUUCACAGGUGUGUUGCAGACUGUUCAGCACUGACCUCGCGUGGACAGACGGGCGCAUGUGAUUGUGUAACCUGAUGAUUGUAAAUGUCCUGUAAAAGUCCUGAUGAAUAAAUCCUCUGACACACGA